AUGCCUCGAGGAUUAGCAGAAUCCUUGUCAAAAGAAGGUGAACAUCGACUGUGUCGAAUGUUGAGAGGAAUGGCAGUUCCGGAGGACGAGUUCAAGACACAAUGGCUGUUGUAUGCCAACGUCAGCGCUCUUCAAGACUUUCCGGCGUUGGCUCCUCGUCGUCAGGGAAGGCCACCACCCCUGUUGCCGCUUUCUGCAUCGCGUAAACGUAUACUCUUUGCGCCCCCGAGUAUAGAUGUUCCUCUGAGAUGUGAUGCGUCUUCUUGGUCUACAUCAAGCUGGCCACUGAUGCGAAACCAUCGCCAAAUUUGA